GCAAUCGGUAGCGCAGUCAUCGUCAGCCAGUUCAGAGUGAGAGUGAAAGCGUGAGGGCAGUGUAAUAAUUCGGCCAGAUUACAGCAGCCUAGCAUCAUAGUGUAUCUCUGCUCUUGGGACGCACACAUCAUACUCUCUCACUCAUUCACCUUCAAACUAAGAGGAAACACGCAAAGAGAAACAUUUUAUCAGUUUCAUGGAGAAAGAACAAAGAUACUUCUGAGGACAUCGAGAGUUUUCACGAUUUCCUUCCAUCACUUGGCAAUUCAAGAAUAAGUUACUAUUUUAUUUGCCUCCCAGGAAUUACAAAGAAUCUUUUUGUUUUGUUUGCGCUGCUCUUCUGAAUCGGGACUUUACUCGGAGAGAUCAGAAUGUGUUGCUGGAUGGUGGAGGAUAAAAGUUGCUGAAACUCGCCAAGGCUCAUCAGGGGCUAAGGGUCCACACGUGGGGAGUUACUGACAGGGAGAGGAGCUGGUCUCAGGACCUGAGGCUACGAUUUCCCACUUCCACGGAGAGAGAGUCGUUUCAAAUUCUCGGAGAUUCCCGUGUUACUGGGAAUUCCUCACCGAAACUACUUCGGGCGAAUCCCCCACCCCCUCCACCGUUUGUUUUGUAACGAAACAAAACCUUUAAUCCUUAUGAGUGUGAACGCCCAGCGAUCGCUGCUCUCGCUCCCGCCCAGGUUGAAGAGGUUAGACUUUGAUGAUGCUGAUGACCCUGAUCUCCCCAAAUCGAAGCGAGCUCGUGUCAGCCAGCUGUCUAUACCAGCCUUAUCUCCAUGCCUUGGCUCACCAUCCCCAACGCCCUCCUCUUCCGAUGACAACACUGUGUCCCGCAUUGGACCUUACCUCCUGCUGAAUCUUACCGAGGCAAAUAACUGUUACCGAGCCAUUCACACCCACACGGAGCAGGAUUACAUCUGCAAGGUGUUUGCCAUGAAACGUUACAGGGAGGUGAUUGCCCCUUAUGCCUGCCUCCCAGCUCACCCACACGUGGGUCAAAUGGCUGAGGUGAUCGCGGGAGACCGUAAGGCCUAUGUCCUUUUCCAACGCGGCUAUGGCGACAUGCACUCGUACGUGCGGACGUGUAAGAGGCUUCGUGAGGAGGAGGCUGCCAGUCUCUUCAGGCAGAUGGCAGAGGCGGUGGCACACUGUCACCAACACGGGAUUGUGCUCCGGGACCUCAAGCUGAGGAAAUUCAUCUUCGCCAACAGACAGAGGAACAAAUUGAAGCUUGAAAACUUGGAUGAUGCCUGUGUCCUGAAGGGAGAGGACGAUUCCUUAAUGGACAAGCAUGGUUGUCCUGCGUACGUGGGGCCAGAGAUACUUAACACCAAGCAGUCGUAUUCAGGGAGGGCUGCGGACGUCUGGAGCCUGGGAGUGGUUCUCUACACCAUGCUGGUGGGCCGCUACCCUUUCCAGGACAUGGAGCCAGCUGCCCUCUUCAGCAAGAUCCGGCGAGGGCUGUACACGGUCCCGGACCACAUUUCCCCGAAAGCCAAGUGCCUUAUUCAGUGCAUCUUACGACGGAAUCCUGCAGAGAGGCUGACAGCCAGUGAGAUCUUGGAUCAUCCCUGGUUCAAUUCCAACUUCAGCAUGACCUUCAGCAGCAGCUCAGGCCCAUCGACUGACCAGUUGGUCCCUGAUGGCUACAGGGAGGAUGCAGAUUUGUAGAUUUUUGUUUUGUUGAAAACCAUUUAUAAAAAAGGAGAUGUAUUUUUGAAACGCUGAUGGUCACGUUGUGCCUUCUCUGUGAAUUGAACGAUGACUUUGGCCUCUGCAUCCUCACCUGUUGGAGUAUUUUUUGAGGUGAAAGACUUUGGGGGGUGCCAGGUGCAGAUUGUUCCCAGGGCUUUACUGUUGGGAGAUGGUGCCUCACGCAUCAUGUGGCAGAAGCCUGGGGCGAUGGACACCACUCAUUGGUCAGUGUUUAUGACAGCGGGUCUUCAGACAAGUGGGUUGCUGAAUCCUGUUUGGGAAACUCCAAGUCCCUCCUGACAGUCAGCGUCUAGAUGCUUUGAACACACACACACACACACCUGGGUGAAAAUGAAAACAAACCUCUGGCCCACUUGUUUGCAGCUGGAGGUUACCAAUAGCAAUAAAAACACAACCAGGACUACCUCGGGAUUGAGAGUCUAUGACGGAGGUGAGCUGUCUUGAGGGAGGGAGCGUAGAAAGUUAGGGUAGCCUGGUCGGUGAUACCGAAUGAAACCUGUGAACCUCUGAUCCAUCAUUCCACUGUUGGCCUAGUGAAGGGCUUGUAGCAGUGAUGCUGUAUGGAUGGUUUUUGCCCAGUUUCCUGUGACCUCUCCUUCGACUGGGGACCAAAGGUGUUACUCAUUGUUGGGUACGGAAGGAAGGGCUGUCACCUACUCAGCAUGAACCUUGUGGUGAUUGGGCAGAGUUUAGGGGUAACUCACCCACCCCUUGUUGCCUCUGUAAAGUAACACUCAACCUUCCCUGGUGAACCUGAAGGAGUGUGAGAACGGGACAGACUUUCCCACUUGAACUGAGAGCUCCUGGCCCAAUCCCUUCAUUGUACAAAAGCUGAAGGAUCACUCUUGUUCUCUCUCCUCCGGAGGUGCUUUCAAGAAAUGCAUAAAGGUCAACAAGCACGGAUUGAAGUCUUCUCCUCCUGUUUUUUCACUGUCAUCUGAUUGCAUUCCUCCCCACCCCGGCAACAUCCCCCACCCUUGCCCAUACCCCUUUAGAACUCCCCUGAGCGGAGCAUUGAUCGAGAAGUGACUUGCUGUGUAAAACUCGGGUCGGGUAGUGUGAGGUCUGUCCCAACGAGAUAUUGUUGUUGGAAGGACCUUAUGUGCAUCACUCAAUACUUGACAAUGUUUAAUCUCUCCUCAGUGUUUUCAGAGACAAAAUAAAUGGGUUUCAUGGAAUCCUGACUGAUUUGAAGCAUAGGAUGACAUGAAAUUGAUACUUGGCACUGGAAGGGUUAAUCUUCAAAUUCAGCCCUGCCAUUUGUUGAAAUAAAAUGUCUGUAUUUUUUUUUGUGCCAAAAUCUCAGUGUAUGCUUUAACCUGACAGUGUUAGACUGCACCCUUUGAAGACAUUAGAGAAAGCCCCUUGUGUUUGCAGGCUCAUGACUGUCUCUAACUGACAGCAUUGAGACCACACAGUUAAUGCCUGAAUGUGACCCCUCUUAACUUACAUGUGCCCUACACUCUGCUAAGUGUUAGGCCAAUUGUGCAGUUAAGGGAUCAAUGCCUUAAGUUGAAGGGAUCUAAAUUAAAUGGGGACUGUUCUUACUGGGACAAAGGUUUGGCCAGGCUUGGAUUAUGAGCAUCACUAACCAUGCCAGCAUUUAUUGCUAUCCUUUAAUUGCCCUGACCAUUUUGCCAGGAAAGACUGACAGCAGCUAACUUGAUGACUCCACAGCCAUCAGUUGUUGUGCCUUCAAUAUCUGAGUAAAAUUCUGUUUCCCACUUGUAUUGCAACUUGGUGGAAAUUGACCAGAGAAACAGGACUGGCUGAGUUAUCACUCUUAUCUGUAGCAGACACAGUUUCUCUUGUUGUAUUGUACGGGACUGCAUGGUACAGUUAUGACAAGUUGAUGUAAAUAUAUUUGAUAACGUUCAGCAAUGCCAACACUACAUUUGAGUUAUUGUGUGUAUGUACUGGUUGCAUAUUUGUUGAUUUUCAAUUAAAAACAAUUGUAUUUUU